ACAGUGAGCUGUCUAUGUUAGACUAAAUCUUAAACCACUCAAAUGGUAACUUAAGUAAAUAACUGCAGAAGCAAGCCCUAAAAGCAUAGGAUACCGAAUCACUCUUUCAGUUCGUGUACACAAACGUCAAUCUCUCCAAACUCCAAAGUAUCUCAAUCUUCAAUUCCCCUACUGAAAUCUGACUCUAUCAAAACUGAAUCUUGUAAAUUAAAAUUCAAAAAUUCCCACAUGAAUCUCCGACUUUUUCUCUUCUGUUUCAUCAUCCUCACCUAUUAAAUCUAAUCCUUUUGCAGCUUUACCUAUUAUUCGUCUUUCACCACCAUGUAUUCCCCUUUUAGAAAAGCUAAAGGGGAAAUGGGUGGUGGAAAUAGCAAAUCCAGAUGGAAAAUCUUCAUUUACAGGUCUUCUUCUUCUUCAGCCUCUUCUUCCUCCAAAUUCGAUAAAAAGGAUCCUCCAAAAGAACUCUUGUGUCCCAUUUAUGGAUCUUUGAUGUAUGAUCCAGUUGUGGUGUCUUCCGGCCAAACUUUCGAGCGCACUUCUGUUCAAGUAUGUAAAGAUUUAGGGUUUAAACCCCAACUUCCCAACGGCUCAACCCCUGAUUUCUCUAACGUGAUUCCUAAUUUAGCUUUGAGGACGACGAUUCUCAGCUGGUGUGAAAAGUCUGGAGCGGAGAAGCCUCGGCCACCCGAUUAUUACGCCGUCGAGUCCACUGUUCGCACUUUGGUGCCUUCUUCUUCUGUUUCGACCACCAAAGAAGAUCCCAGAAUACGAGUUUCAGAGAGGGAAUUGCUUAAAAGCGUAGCGGAAAAUCCACCUAUGCUUUUAUCUCACGCCGCCUCUGAACUGACCCCAAGGAAUAAUCAUCACUUUUACUCUCCUUCGAGCUCAGAAGAAUCUGUCAUCGCUAACAACUCGCCGCUGCUCCCUUUUACCACUCGUCCCUCCUGCUAUUCCUCUUCGUCGUCGCAAUCGACUUCGUCGGAGAUUAUAGUCUCCGAUGAAGUCCCGUCUUCUGCUUCCACGUCAUCCGAAGAUGAUUAUUACGUUGUACAGUUCAAGAAAUUAGAUGUUUAUGACCAGGAACAAGCUGUAAUUUCACUGAGGAAAAGCACUAGAACUGAUGAGGAAGCUAGGGUUUCACUGUGCACGCCGCGGCUUUUAUCGGCUCUGAAGCCGCUGAUGGUCUCAAGGUACGCCAGUGUUCAGACGAACGCCGUCGCCGCAAUGGUCAACCUCUCGCUGGCAGAAGUCAACAAAGUAAGAAUCGUUAGGGCGGGUAUUACUCCGCUGUUAAUUGAUGUUUUGAAAGGCGGCUUCGAGGAGUCUCAGGAGCAUGCAGCCGGCGCUAUAUUUAGCUUGGCUCUUGAAGAUGACAACAAGACGGCGAUUGGAGUGUUAGGUGCGUUGCAGCCGCUUUUACACGCGCUGAGGUCGGGUACUGAGCGGACUCGUCAUGACUCAGCAUUGGCUCUUUAUCAUUUAACCUUGGUGCAAAGUAACCGGGCUAAGCUCAUUAAACUCGGAGCCGCGAGUACGCUUCUGGGAAUGCUGAAAUCCGGCGAUAUGGCGGGUCGGGUGGUGUUGGUUGUGUGCAAUUUGGCGGUAUGUCAAGAGGGGAAAACUGCGUUGCUGGACGCCAACGCCGUAGAGGUACUAGUGGGAAUACUGAGAAAGGGGAGUGAGUUGGAUGAGUCAACUCGGGAGAAUUGCGUGGCGGCUCUUUACUCACUGAGUCAUGGUAGCCUGAGGUUCAAGGGGUUGGCGAAAGAGGCGAAGGCGGCGGAAAUAUUGCAGACGGUGGUGGAGAGAGGGAGCGAGCGGGCGAGGGAGAAAGCAAAGAGGAUGUUGAUUUCCAUGCGAGGAAGGUACAAGGAGGAGGAUGACGAAGAAGAGGUUGAUUGGGAGGGAGUGUUGGAGGGACGAGUGAGUCGGAUUCAGUACCGAGUCGGAAGAACCACUCACAAUCUCAACUCAACCGAGUUCUGAAUUAUGACCGAGUACAAAAAGGUGUAAUUAUCACAUAUUCUGGGAUUUGGGACUCAAUUAUCAUGUUUCAUGGUUAAAAUCUUUUUUUGACUUGCUUUUUUAGCUUUUGAUGUACUGCAUUGGGUCCCAACUCUUCUUUUUCUAGUUCUGGUGGUAGUUAUUAAAAAUGUAAUUUGGACUAUAAUUGUGAUUACUGUGUAAAUAAUUACUAGGAUGUGAGGAUUGGAAAUGCAUUUUUGGUUUAGAGUUUGUUUUUAUA